AUGAACCAGCCAGACAAAAAGACCGCGCGAGCCACCAAGGCUUUGUUGACGAAAUUUCGAAGACGGCGACUCACGGUUUACCACAAGCUGGCCAGCAUACACGAAGACUGCGGUGCCGACAUUUCUCUGACUGUCCGUUACCGUGGCAAGUUCUACUGCUUUCGUGCCUCAAGCGACGAGACGUUUCCUCCACCUCCAUCGGAAAUUAAAAUGACGUAUCCGGUUCCAGAGCUGCACUCGCCGAUCAGCCUCAAGCCUAGGUCGCAGAAAGCGAAAGUGAUCGAGUAG